UGUCCUAACCUGUUGCCAGAUUGCCACAUUGACAAACCCAUUUCUCAUAACCAAUCAAACUGCAUGGAUGAAGAUCUAGCGGGACGCACUGAGUGCUUCCGCAACAUACGCUAAAAUCUCUCCAGAAAAAUCUUCAAUUAAUUGCAAAAUUUAGGGUGGAAUUAUAUAAUUAAUUAAUUAAAUAGUUGGAAAAGCUAACUAACAAAGCAGGGCGGCAUUUAUAUUAUCUGCAACUGUAGCCAAAUCCACGAGCAUUUCAAGAUUUCUUGAUCAGAAAGCGAUCUGCAGUUAUAAUACCAGGAGUAAUGUCAAAGAGCUACUUCAAGCAAGAGCAUGAUCUCGAGAACAGACGGGCGGAGGCUGCUAGGAUCAGAGAAAAAUAUCCAGAUAGGAUUCCUGUGAUUGUUGAGAAAGCAGAAAGAAGUGAUAUACCAAACAUAGAUAAGAAAAAGUAUCUUGUUCCAGCUGACUUGACGGUGGGACAGUUUGUAUAUGUUAUCCGUAGGAGGAUUAAAUUAAGUGCAGAAAAGGCUAUUUUUAUAUUUGUGGACAAUGUGCUCCCACCUACAGGCGCUAUUAUGUCUGCCAUAUAUGAAGAGAAGAAGGAUGAAGAUGGAUUUCUUUAUGUUACUUACAGUGGAGAGAACACAUUCGGGUAUAAUAUCCCACUGUAGCCUAAUUCUGGGGCUUGCGUUGUUCCUUUCCGAGCUUCACCAUAUUUGAUUCCACAAGGGAUUGUCUUAAUCGCCUGGUGCCUAUAGAUAGUUUCUCGGUUCUUCCUAAUUAUAAAGAUCCCCUAGUUAUAGUAUGUACAGUUAUAUAUUGUAUAUAAGCCUGAAUACAACUUAUUUACUUUCUAUCUUGGUUAUUUGUCGGUCCAUUUUAAGAAGCCUUUGCUGGAGUUCUAUUUUA